AUGGUUAAACGUAAGCGGUAAAACAAGAAAUUAUUAACGUCAAGUAUUUAUAAUUUUUAGUUUAUUAAAAGAAUCAAGAAACAGUCAUCGUAAAUCGUUUUGCUUGGGGUAUAUUGUAUAUCCAUAUGGUCACUAUAAAUCCAAUCAUCACACAACUAACACAAAUUUUACGAACGACAACUAUUAACACUGCUAUAAAAAUUAUGCCUUAUUAUGCUGUUGCAAAAGGAAAACGUAGAGGAAUUUUUGAAACAUGGGCUGAAUGUCAAGAAUCCAUAAAAGGCGUCGCACAUGCAAAAUUUAAAAAAUUUGAUAGUUAUGCAGCGGCAGAAGAAUUUGUAAAUAUGUACAACGGAAAAGAAAUAAAAUCUGUUACAAUGCAAGAAUUAGCUUCACCAGAAGUUAAAGUCGAAUCUGAUGAAGAUUUAGAAACGUAUCAUGAUGCAUUCUUAACAGAUGAUAUGAAUGACAACGAUAUUUUAGUAGCUGAACAUAUAAGUAAAAUAGAUUCGAUUUUCGAAUCAUUUAAAAGCAAAACUAAAGAUCUUUUAACACAAUUUAAUGAAGUUGCUGAAUCGUAUAAAAAUUCAAUAAUGGAAGAAAUGCUUAAUUUUAAAGGAAAAGUUUUGAAUGAUAAAGUAGGUACUUCAAAUAUUAAAUCUGCCACAACUCCAAAACGGAAACGUACAACAGACAAUGAAAACACUGAUCAGAAAAAACGAAAGGAAAAACAUGCACUUCCGGUGGAUAAAGAUGGUUUUGUACAUGUAUACACAGACGGAGCUUGUGAAAAUAAUGGACGACCCAAUUGUAAAGCUGGUUUAGGGGUUUGGUUUGGUGAAAAUCAUCCAUUAAAUGUUGGUGAACCAGUAAAAGGGCGAGCAACCAAUAAUGUUGGAGAAAUACAAGCUUGUACCCGAGCUGUCGAAAUUGCUCAUAGUGCUGGUGUUAAAAAACUUUGUAUUAAUACUGAUUCACAGUUUGUCAUAAAUUCAAUGACAACAUGGUUGCCAAAUUGGAAGAAACGUGAUUGGAAAUUAAAAGAUGGUGGGCCGGUUAAAAAUAAACACGAUUUUAUUGACUUAGAUAACGCAUGUCAAUUAGUUGACGUAAAAUGGAAUUAUGUUAAAGGACACGCGGGAAUUGCAGGAAAUGAAGGAGCUGAUGCCUUAGCUAGAAAAGGUGCCCAAAUGUUUGGCAAAUAAUUAAUGUUUGUUCCUAUGUAUUUUAUAUUUAAUAAGUAAUAUUAUUUCUGCCCUUUUUCAAUAUUCAUAUCUUAUAUUAAGGUAUUCAUUCAUCUUCGUUUUUACAAUGAGAAGGAGGGCACAAAUAAAUUGAUGAUAACGCAAACAAAAGAUACAUUUAUCCACUGUAAAUGUAACAAUAAUAAAUAAUUAUUACAUUUAA